AGUUUUCCUUAUCACCCCUGCUGCUACGUGUGAGAAAAUAAAUAGUAGUAUUUGCGGCUAGCAAUCCUGUUGUUGCCUCGCAGCCGUAUCUCUGAUUCUCUACUAGUAGACAACGCAGCAAGAAAAACAAAGGCAAGGCGCGCAUAAGCAACAAUUGCUCAUAAAGUCAGGCAAGGGAGUAGUGGCAAAUCAAAGGUAGGAAUACGCAUCAAGACAGUAAAAAGGUAUGAGGCAAGGCGGAUUAACGUUACAACAGGUGUUUAGUGUACGAGGGUCAAGCCCGGCAUCUCUCCUACGUAGUUCAAAUUUCUCGUGGCCCGCCUCAUUACGGGUCAGUGACAGCAUCUCCUGUCUAGGGUCUUCUUCGGUUAUGCACUAUUUUAGUUCGGGCACUGCCUUUGCCAGACGCGUGUAUUGCACUGCAACGCCUCUUUGUUUGAAGGAUGUAUAUAAAAACGAUCGAGGCGAGGCAAGGCGGUUGACCUUUGAAGAGCGGGCGGAACGAAGGACAAAAAAAACACGGGAUCAAAAGCAAUUCAAGGAGCAACUCAUUCAUGAAGCUGAGACGAUGGUGAAUAGUGAUUUUCCAGGGGAAUUAGAGCAUAUCUAUGCUAAGACGUUGGAUCGGGCAAACAUCAGUGCGAUGAAAGUUUUGAAUAUGGUGAAGUGCUUAGAGCUGCUAGAAAUCGAGGUAUCAGGGGGACACUCCGUUUUGCUCACGAAGGUCGCGCAGGUUGUAAAAAUAGACGCCAACACCGUCGAGAUAAUUCCACAUAACAAUAAUUUUGGAAACACAAUCAUGCAGUGCGUCUCGAGGUUUGAUUCGAGCAUGCAAGUUUCAAAGGAGGGGUCAAAGGUGAAGAUUGUCGUGCCACCCAUCACCACAGCACGUAGAGAUAAAACCGCUAAUGAGAUCAGGACCCUAAUCAGUGUUUUCAGACAGCGAAUUAAACAUGCCCGAACCAAUUCCGGCAAAGUUCUCCAGGAUUGUGGUCUCGACGACAGAGUCCUGUUAGAAUUACAAGCCGAGCUUGAUAAUACUAUGAAUGCGUUCGUCGACGAAAAGGUAUCAGAGCUUGAACAGCUCGCGGAGGAAGUAAUGUCAAUGGGGAUUGAUGAAUCUGAUUUAGAUUUAGGAAAGGCAUAAAGUAAUUUGAAACGGCAUUCUAAAGAGAAAAAUAAGACGAUUAGCCAUACUAGUGUUUUAUUUUUAGAGCUGCACUUUUUUGACAGAUACGAAAGGGCACUAGCAUCGAUGAAUAACAAUAAAAUACAAACAAGAACAACCAGUACAACAUAAACUCAAAGUACACAAACCAUUUAUGCUUAUUUGCUUAAAUCAAUAAUUUACAAAGAAUAAUUAAGAAUUCAAGUAGAAAUAAUGAGACACACAAAAAAAA